AUGGCCUCCUUCGAUCCACCUUUCAUCGUUGACUACAUCAUCGUCGGAGGUGGUACUGCUGGGCUUGUGCUUGCAGCGCGUCUCUCCGAGAACCCCAAUGUGCAUGUUCUUGUGCUUGAAAGUGGCCCGGAUCGUUCAAAGGAUAAACUGGUCCAAAGUCCCAAUACCUGGCGCGCUCUGAGUGGGUCCGGCCUGGACUGGAAAGUGAAGAUGGCUCCAGAGUCUUGUCUGAAUAACCGUGUCCUGGAUCACCCUGCUGGCCGCGUUCUGGGCGGAUCCUCCGCCAUCAACGGCAUGGCCUAUGUCCCACCCUCUCCAGAUGGAAUCGAUGCAUGGGCCAAACUGGGAAAUACAGACUGGACCUGGAAAUCCCUCGAGCCAUACCUGCAGAAAAGCGUCACACUGCACGUCCCCGACCGAGUCCAUGAACCUGACAGUAAUCAUGAUGAAGUGGACACCAGACAAAUCGCAGCCAACGGGCCCGUGCAGCUAAGUCACCCGACCCCGAAGAAGGAUGCAAGUCGCGCUUUUUCAAGUGCCUGGUUCAAUGCCUUGGAGAGUCAAGGAUACUUCUACAUGACCGAGCUCAUUCCUGAAGAGCAGACUUUGGGGACUCACGUUAUGAUGGCUACAAUUGAUCCUGCCUCUGGAUUACGCAGUGGAGCUGAUCGUGGAUAUGGAGGUUUGGUAUCUUCCUCUUCGAAUGUGACAAUCCUCACCAAUUUUACUGUUCGAAAGAUCAAUUUUGACACCGGCAGCGAGUUGGACGCAAUCGCCACCAGCGUCGAGGCUAUCAAAGAUGGAAAAACAUCCCUCUUCAAGGCCUCCAAAGAGAUCAUUCUUGCCGCUGGGGCCUUCCAUACCCCUAAAUUGCUUGAGCUUUCGGGAAUCGGUCAAAAAGAGCGGCUUCAGCGUUGUGGCAUCUCGAUCGUCGUUGAGUCUUCUGGUGUGGGCGAGAACCUUCAGAAUCACCUGAUGUGUCCCAUUCGAGUCCCUUUGAAAGAGCCUCUUGCUGCAGAGGAAUUCUUUCCCGGAAUGAAAGCUUUUGCCCUGGUCAGAAUCGAGACUGAAGAGCUAAAUGCCAUCAACGCCAUCUACGAGGAUAGUUUCCAAGGCCCAGCAGGUCAAGCAAUUCGUUCAUUGAUUGAAGAUCCCGGGAAUGCCACAGCUUGCAUCAUCCUCAGUAUGGCAGCACCAGGUCUGGCAGUGUUUGUCCCGAUCAUUGCCCACCCUCUUUCCCGCGGUAGCUGCCAUAUUGAAUCGUCAGAUGCGGACGCACAGCCUACCAUUCAAGCGGGACUGGGAAGCAAAGAGAUCGAUCUUGAAGUGCUGGCCCGACACGUGCAACAUUGCCACAAGUUGUUGCAUAGUCCCUACCUGCAGCCCUUUGUCAAAGAGAGCGCUCCCGACAUGAACGUGCAAAGCAUUAUUCGGGAUCUGCGAAAUACAGCUCAGCCCGCACAUCACGCCUGCGGAACGGCUGCCAUGUUGCCCAAAGAAAUGGGCGGAGUAGUCGAUCAGAGGCUGGUUGUUUACGGGACCCGGAAUUUGCGCGUUGUGGACGCCAGUAUCUUCCCACUCAUUCCGCAUGCUAAUCCUCUGGCCACUGUCUACGCUGUGGCUGAGCGUGCGGCUGAUCUGAUCAAGGAAGAUUCGGACCGAACAGACCCUUGA